CUGGGCCGAAUUGUUUAAGAUCACUUCCCGAGCUUAUCAAGUGAUAGACCACAUUUUACCCGACGAAGCCGUUGCUCCUCCCAUUGUUGAUCCUUCUCUCACCGAGGAAUAAAAACAAGUCCUAGCUGCCGACGCCGACGCCAUUUGGAAUCGUCUAGACGCUGUUGUCCUCCAAUGGAUAUACGGUACCAUCUCCAAUGACCUUCUCCACACCAUCAUUGAACCGGACUCCAUCGCUCUUCAAGCUUGGGAACGCCUUGUCGGCAUUUUUCAAGACAACCGACACUCUAGGGCGGUUUACCUUGAAAACGAAUUAUCCAACACCUGUUUGGAAAAUUUUCCGAAUGUGGUUGCUUAUUGUCGUGCUCUCAAAACACUAGCGACUCAACUCGCUAAUGUUGGCUCCCCCGUAUCUAAUGACGGGCUCGUCUUACGCUUGGUCAAUGGCCUACCAUCCCACUAUGACACUGUUGCUUCUCUCAUCCAACAAUGUGACCCGUUGCCGCACUUCUAUAAAGCUCGCUCCAUGGUUACCUUGGAAGAAACCCGCAAGACCCAUCAAGGUGCCCCUACGGCCUUGGCUCAUUCGGCCCCACCCCCUCCUACAGCCUUGGCUACUACGGCCCCGCACAAUCCUAGGUUGGAUGCCCCUCAUGCCCGCCCUCAUAAUCGUGGUCGUGGUCGUGGGUCUUCUCGCGGCGGCCGAGGCCGCAACUCAUACUCCGGUGGAGACUUUUCUAACCCCAGGGCGCAAGCAUGGCACAUGCCUCCUUGGGGCUACUGGCCGUCGCCAUGGUCUAUUCCUCCUUGCCCAUACCCCUCGGCUACAUGGUCACCUCCCACCGCUCCACGACAGUCGUCACCUUCACCCGGAAUUUUCGGCCCGUGCCCUACUCAAGCACAUGUUGCUACUCACUCUCCCACUGACAUAGCAUCUGCCAUGGCUACCAUGUCUCUCAUGCCUCCGGAUGACAAUUGGUACCUCGACACGGGCGCCACUUCUCACAUGACCUCCAAUGGCACUCAACACGGGAAUACCACUAAUGAGAUGUGACAGCUCCGGUGAUCUUUACCCGUACCGGCCACAAAGUCCUCCACCAAAUAAUGCCCACUCCGCUCUUAUUUCCGUUUCUUCUCAAAGAUGGCACAAUCGGCUAGGGCACCCCGGCGACCCCAUCCUCUUUACACCCUGCCUCAAUAAUAUUAUUGAUUGUAAUAAAGUUUGUAGUUUAGAAUGCAUGUCAUGUCAAAUGGGAAAACAUACUAAAUUACCCUUUUCCUCUUCUACUUCUCACACUACAUCUCCCUUUGAUAUAAUACAUAGUGAUCUAUGGACUUCACCCAUUUUAAGCUACAAUGCUCAUCGUUACUAUGUAUUGUUUCUUGAUGAUUUUUCUAAAUUCCUUUGGAUCUAUCCUCUUC